AUGUCGGCCAUCUACAACAUCUUCUUCCGCCGUAACUCGAUUUACGUGCCCACCAUCUUCCUCGGCGCCUUCGGCUUCUCGAUUGGCUUCGACGUCAUCACCUCGUCGUGGUGGGAUGAGCACAACAAGGGCAAGCAGUGGAAGGACAUCCGCGGAAAGUACCUUGAGGCUUCCGGCGACGAGUAG